CAAUCACGAUACUUCUACAAAUCUCCACGCUCAUCCCUUCCAAAUCCUCCAUCAGCGGCGCAUCUCAGCUUUGGUUCAGUCGCACCGAAGCUCCGUCACACCCCUUCCAAUGGAUCUUCUCCGUCACACCCCUUCCAAUGGAUCCUCUCCGUCACACCCCUUCCAAUGGAUCCUCUCCGUCACGCUCUCUUCCGUUCCUCCUCCUCCUCCUCUGCCGCCGCCUCUGCUGCCAUUGUUCGAUCGUUCCUCUGAGUUUUCGUCUUUUUCCACCGCUGCCGCCACCGCUUGCGUCGCACGAGCCCCCUCCUUGCUGUUGCUUAGGGUUCAAUUUUUCUGUGCCAAUUUUAGUUUCUAUCACAUGCUGGUAUCUCAAAACAGAUGUGAGGAGCAGAUACUCCGGGAUGAUAUCAAGGUUGGUGGAAAAGUCCAAACAGCUUUUCAUGAAAGAUAUCAGGUUGACAAGCUUGGAAAGGAAUCCCUUAUUAACUGUGCCAAGACCAGCAUGUCGUCAAAGUUGAUAUCUGGUGACAAUGACUUCUUUGCCAACUUGGUUGUAGAGGUAGUGCAAGUUGUAAAGAUGACCAAUGCUAGGGGGGAAGUUAAAUACCCAAUCAAGGGAAUCAAUAUAUUGAAGGCUCAUGGAAAAAGUGCUAGAGACAGCUUUCUGAUGAAUGGUUAUGCUCUAAAUACUGGCCGUGCAGCUCAAGGAAUGCCUCUUAGGGUUGCCCCUGCAAAAAUUGCCUGUCUUGAUUUUAAUCUUCAAAAGACUAAAAUGCAAUUGGGUGUUCAAGUAUUAGUUACUGAUCCCAGAGAGCUUGAGAAAAUUCGUCAAAGAGAGGCUGAUAUGACUAAGGAACGCAUUGAAAAACUAUUGAAAGCUGGAGCCAAUGUUGUUCUGACUACUAAAGGAAUUGAUGACAUGGCACUCAAGGCAAAUCAAUGCGUCUGUUGCUAGGAGGAACUUAGGGGUGCAUGUCUUAUUUGAAUAAUAUUUUCUUCUACUUCAAUUCUUACUGUUUUCUUUUUUAUUUAUUUAAUUGAUUCAUUUAUGUUGUUUUCUCUUCAGACACUGCAUUUUCAUGUUCAUAUAAUUGUUGUGAAUUAAAGCCUCUUCUCUUCCUCAACUCAAUGACAGUUCUUGAUUGCUUAAUUGAUCAAAGACUUGUAUAAAGUAUCCAGUCACUGAAUUGAAUCUGAAUCACUUGCUUUUAGACUUGUUCUGGUUUAUUGCAUUGUGUGCAUUACAUGUUCCAAAUCUGCAAUUGCUAUUUGGCAGCGUCCAUGAUCUUUAAAAAGAACUAACCCUGAGAAAUCUAUGGAAGAGUUUCGAGCAGCUAGUCAAAAACUUGGUGAUGGCGUGGGUGUAAAGUCUUUAAUGCAAAGCACGGGACUUGGAAUGAUUGCUGACCAGACUCAGGAAGGAGUUGGAGCUCUUUGGACUUGGAGCUCUUUGGACUGGGAUUGGCCCCAAUAUAGCAAGAAGUGCUAUCAUUAAUGCUGCUGAACUAGCCAGCUAUGAUCAAGUGAAACAGUUGGCAGUUGGUAUGCUAAUUCGUUAACCGAUGCUUCUAUUUCAAGUUUGAUAUAUGAAAUACAUUUAUGCGUUGGUGUAAAGGUUUAGGAAGCUCACUUUGAUUGCUGCAUUUUAUAUUACAGACUAACAAUCAGCACAAUGUUGAUGAGUAAGCACAAACUUUCAUCUAAGGCAUGGAAACAUUUUCUCUUUUUAUAAUAUGUUUAUCUCCUACAAAUGGAUUAUGAUUUUUAAUUGAAAAUUGUUUGGCUUA